AUGUCGGAGCAGCAUCAGCCGCUGAUGGCGGGUCCUGUGGUGCUCGUCACGGGGUGCUCUUCCGGCGGCAUCGGAUCAGAGCUCUGUAAAGCCUUCGCCGCUAGAGGCUGCCGCGUGUUCGCUACCGCACGCCGACCCGACUCCAUGCAGGAUUUAGCAGGCUUGGGAAUCGAGACAGUGCAGCUAGAUGUGACGUCCACAGCCUCCAUUCAGGAAGCCGUCAGCACAGUCAUUGCCAAGGCUGGCAGAAUAGACAUUUUGGUGAACAAUGCGGGAGCAGGGUGCUUCGGCCCCAUGGCAGAGAUGCCUCUGGACGCCUUCCGCAGCAACAUGGAGACCAACGUGGUUGGCCUGCUGGCCGUCACCCAAGCGGUUGUCCCGAACAUGGUGGAGCAGGGCAGUGGCAAGGUCAUUAAUAUAGGGUCGGUGUCAGCAUGGGUCACCACGCCAUUCGCCGGGACAUACUGUGCGGCCAAGGCAGCAGUGCACAGCAUCUCCCACGCUCUUAGAAUGGAGCUGAAACCCUUCGGCAUACAAGUCAUGCUCGUUGCUCCGGGCGCCAUCAGGUCCAACUUUGGUGGCAACUCCUCCUCCUCCGUCUCCCACCUGCGCCUUAAGAUCUUCUCCCGCUUCCAGCAGCAGAUAGAGGCCAGGGCAGGGGCCUCGCAAACGCCUCAGUCCACGCCAGGAGACGUGUUCGCCAGGGCUCUAGUGGAGAAAGCCUUGGCCAAGAAGGUCGCAAUAGAGUGGGCGUUUGGACAUCUGGUGGGGUCUUUCCAGAAAGACGCACCCUUGAAGGGUGUGGGCGCGGGCGCUACGGGCAAGGGCGCGGUGAAAAAUGGCGCAGAAGGCAAGGGCGCAACGGGCAACGGCGCUGCAGGGAAGGGCGGAGCGGGAGCUACCGCAGCGGGUAAGGGCGCGGCGAACAAGGGCGCAGCAGGCAAGGGCGCGCCGGGCAAGGUCGCGGAAGGCGAGGCCCCCCCGAGCAGGGCCGCAGAAGGCAAGGGCGCAUCGGACGCUGGCGCAGCGGAUAAGGGCGCGGCGAAGAAGGGCGCUGCAGGCAAGAGCGCAACAAACAAGGGCGCGACAGACAAGGGCGCAACGAACGCACAGCACGCCGCGCCGCCUCACAUGGCCGCGCCGCCUCACACGGCCGCGCCGCCUCACAUGGCUACGGCUGAGGAUGUGGCAAUCCACACCCUCAAGACGGCAUCCACACCCGCACAUCCUGCUGGGUCGAAGGAUGAUUCUGCUGCGCCGAACGCACGGCCGCGCCAACCCAAAACGCGUCCUCACAAGGCGACAGCUGAGGAUGUGGCGAUCCACACCGUGAAGACGGCAUCGAACGCCCAGCGCGUCGCGCGUCAUCAUAUGGCGACGGCGGAAGCCGCAACAGUGGCUCCGAUGCGAGCGGCGGAGAGAGAAGCGCGUCCUCACAUGGCGACGGCAGAGGACGUGGCGAUCCACACCGUGAAGACGGCAUCCACAUCCGCACGUCCUGCUGGGUCGAACGCGGCACAAUUGCGCCAACCCAACGCACGACCUCACAUGGCGACGGCUGAGGAUGUGGCGAUCCAAACCCUGACGACGGCAUCGGAAAUUCAUCCUGCUGCGUCGAACGCACAGUCGCACCAACAAGUCGCGCGUCCUCAUAUGGCGACAGCUGAGGAUGUGGCGAUCCACACCGUAACGACGGCAUCUGCGAGUCAGAGCGCGGAGAAUCAGCCUGCUGCUCCGAUUAUGGGAGCAAGCAAGAAACCCGUGCAUCCUCACAUGGCGACGGCUGAGGAUGUGGCGAUCCACACCGUGAAGAAGGCUUUGAGAAAUCAUCCUGCUGGGUCGAAUGCCCAGCGCGCCGCGCGUCCUCACAUGGCGACAGCUGAGGACGUGGCGAUUCACACCCUGAAGACGUCACCGGGCAAUCGUCCUGCUGCGUCGAACGCACAAUUGCGCCAACCCAGCGCGCGUCCUCACAUGGCGACGGCUGAGGACGUGGCGAUUAUUCACCCGGGAUUAGCAAAGGCGACGGCGGCGGCGGUGGCGCCGAUGCAAGCAGAGGAGGGCGAGGCGUGGAGAAAUGUGAUGGCUGAUGAUGGCAAUGACGACGAUGAUGGUGAGAAAAGCGAUGAGAAUGGCAAUGACGACGAUAGUGACAGGGAGAACGACAAUGACGACGACAAUGACAGGAAGAACGACAAUGAUGGCGAUAAGGAGAACGACAACGACAGAGACGGCGACAGGAAGAAUGACAGCGACCGGGUCGGUGACAAUGAGAAGGAUAAUGACAACGAUGCAGUGCAGUGGCAUGGGGGGGAGGGCAGCAGCACGCGCAGGAACGGUGACAGCAAGGGACAGCGACGGGGCAGGACUCACGGCAGUGACAAGGGAGCAUCAUCCCGCGUGUCUCGCUUCAGCAACAGCCGUGGCUGGGAGCCUCGCAGCAAUCAGCGCACUGGGCUGGACGAGGCACAGCAGUUUCGCAUGGCGACUAGCAGCGAUGUGGCCAUCACUCACAGGAGCGGGAUUCAAGGCGCGAACCGUGGUGUGAACUAUGGGAGUGGGCUCAACAAGGCACCGCAGUUUCGCAUGGCAACACGCAGCGAUGUGAUCCUGCCCAGGAGUGGGACUCAGGGCACCGCCAAGGGAGCACCCUCCCGCGUGUCUCGCUUCAACAACAACAAUGGCUGGGAGCUUGAGGACAGUCAGCGCACUGGGUUGCAAAAGGCACAGCAGUUUCGCAUGGCGACAAGCAGCGAUGUGGCCAUUCACAGGAGCGGGGUGCAAGGCGCGGACCGUGGUGUGAACUAUGGGAAUGAGCGGCUGGGUGCGCAAGCUGAGGGCGGCGAUUGCGAUGGUGACAACAACGGCGGCGGCAACGGCGGCGAGAACGCCAGCGGCGGCGGAGGAGGAGGUUCUAUCGACAUUGGCGCGAUCCUGGAGGUGCACAACGCAGCGCGGCGGGAGGUGGGGGUGGCGGACCUGGCAUGGGACGACGGCGUGGCAGCAGCAGCGCAGGAGUGGGCGGACCAGCUCGCAGCCGCGGGGUGCCCUCUGCAGCACGGCGGCGCGGAGGGGCUCGGGCAGAACCUGUACUGGCGCGCGCCGGCCGGGCUGACCCCUGAGGAGGAUCGCAUGGCGGUGCAGGCAUGGGUGGAUGAGAAGGCGGAUUGGACUCCCAGCCCCGUGCCCGAGGGGUGUGUGGAGGGGAGGAUGUGCGGGCAUUACACGCAGGUGGUGUGGGCGGGGACGACCCAUGUGGGGUGUGCGUCGGCGCAGUGCCCUGAUGGGGGUGGCAUGUGGGUGUGUGAUUACUCGCCCCAGGGGAAUAUCAUUGGGUCCACUCCGUUUUAG